AUGCUUGAAGAACCUCAGACCGCUCCUAAGUCGCUGUCAGCGCGGAAGCGAUCUAAGGCGUCCGAAGAAGACGAAGAGGAACGGAGUAAGAAACGAUCAAGAGGCCGCCCACGCCUUGACACCAGAGAUGAGACGGCUCAAGAUCGUCGUCGAACGCAGAUCCGACUGGCGCAAAGGGCCUAUCGCAAUCGCAAGGAUACUGCAAUUACGACCCUUGAGGACAAAGUCAAGGAUCUUGAAGAUGCUAAUGAAAACAUGAGCAAAGAGUUCAUGAACUUUUUUGACUUUGUCCUCUCCCAGGGAAUGCUGGAAGGUGCACCUGAAGUUGCAAGACGUCUUAAUGAUACAACCCGCAAGUUUCUCUCACUCACAAGGAAAUCUGCCGAUGACUCAACCCGCGAUGGCAUCGAAGACACUCCAGCCUCUGAGCAAGCACAAGAGCAAGUUGUAUCACAGCCCCCAGGACGGCACCCAUCUGGCUCCGACUCUAGCACUUCUGACUCGGGGAGUGGUGAAUACAUGCUACAGAACCCACCUGGCUUUAGCGUUCCUCAAGAGAAGAGCCUGUCUACUCCACGAAGACCGGACGCCACUAUACGGCAACAGGCUACGCCCCCGCUGAACCUGCCUUACGAAAUCAUCACAAUGCCAACUACAGACAAUGCCAGUUUCCCGGUUUACGACACGCAAACGACAAUCAGUUUCGAGCAAAAUCCUUUCCUUCAAUCACCCUUUCCCAACGUCCAUUCGCCAACCAGUUAUGCGCCCCAAGAACGCAGUUUUGGUCGCCGCCUUCAGAGAGCAACUUUGGAGGCUGGUCUGAGGUUGGCAUCGAUGGCCAACCCACCUCCUCAUCGAUAUGCUGAGGUCUUUGGAUUUUGUCUACUAUUCGAGCCCAGGGAGUCUAUCAUCCGCCGCAUAUCUAACACAUUGGCAAGAGUGAGCCAGGAAUCAAUGUUUGUCUGGAGGUAUCCUUUCACGAACCUGGGUGGUGCUGGGACUUUCUUCCCAAGUAAUGGAGAAGCCGGGGGAAAUACAGCACUAGGAGCCAACGGGAACGCGAUACCGCUAGGAAACCAAGGGUUGACACAGCAUAUGAAGCCACAUGAGAUGACUGGGUUUUCAAUAGGCCCUUUCAACCCAGAAGUUGAAGCGGCCAAAGGUGAUCACAUUGACACUCGCAUGCGAAUGAUGUACCAGGGAUUUGAAGGGGACUUCUUCGAUGCAGAUGAGGUGGAAACAUAUCUACGUCAACGGGGUAUCGUGAUACCUGCUAACGUGGAUUUUGUUGAUGCUGAGAUUGAUAUGGGCUCGUUUGACGAAACCCCAGAUCUUUCGGGCUUAGGGACGAACAGCAGCUUCUUCGGAACGCAGCAACCCCCUGCAUCAAGCCAAGCGCCUUAUAUGCCGUCUCAGCAAGCCACAAGUGACAUAUCGAGUAUGUGGCAAAGCACGAUACCUACCACCAUCGCUACCACCACAGCGUCAUUGACACAAACUUCUCUCAUGGCGCCUGCAAUGAGCGUUGACUUCAUCAACAUUAUGCCAACAGUUGAGUCAACCAACCCUGGGCAGUUUGGUGCAGGGAUGGGAUCUCUCACAGAUUCAUCAUAUUUUCCUCGAUAUUGGGCCACAGAUGCCAGUUGGAUGAAGACAAAAGUGACGAUGGACGUGAAUAGACUAGUAGCAGAUGGACUACAGAGCCCUCAAGAGCAAACAAAACCGAGACUGAAGCCUCGCCUGGUCAUUCACGGAGGCGCAGGUAAUAUAAAGCGCGAUACGUACCCGCCGCAACAGUUUCGGGCUUAUCGUAAAGCUCUUGUUGACAUUGUCACCAGAGCGGACCAGUACAUGAGAAGUCAUGAGGUAGUCUCAGAAAAGUCACCCAAGAAGCUCCCUUCAGCUUUAGAUACCGCAACCUUCGCAGUCCGUCUUCUGGAGAACAAUCCCCUAUUCAACAGCGGACACGGCGCUGUGUUCACUCGUGAUGGAGUCAUUGAACUUGAGGCCUCAGUCAUGGUAUCCCGUGGUUAUAAGAAGCGAGGUGUCGGUGUCAUGGGUCUCCGCCAUGUGAAGAAUCCCAUCCUCCUAGCACGAGCAAUGCUUGAACAUGGCGAAGACGACCUGGAGGCGAAUCCCCGAGGAGUCAGCUCAGGCGAUCUUGAUGUCCCAUCCGCGCAGGGACAUACACAGCUCUAUGGAAAGGCCGCCGAGCAACUCGCGCAACAGUAUGGACUAGAGCUUGUCGACCCUAGUUACUUCUUUACCCAACGUCGUUGGGAUGAGCAUAUCCGGGCUCUCGAGAAAGAGAAGAAAGGUCUGGGGCAAGCAACCUGGAGUGCGACUGAGUAUCUACCUCAAGGGACAUGCGGCGCAGUAGCCCUUGAUCAAGAUGGUGUGAUCUGCGCGGCAACCAGUACAGGAGGUCUGACAAAUAAGCUCACUGGUCGUAUUGGUGACAGGCCUACAAUUGGGUCAGGCUUCUGGGCAGAGGAAUGGACCGAGGAUGGUGAUCCGACCGGGUCGUCCACGUGGGGUCGCUUGAAGAAAGCCAUGACCGAGUCGGGUCCCUCACUGGUGCUCAGCGAUGUUCUGAGAGGAACAUUGGCAGACUGCUUUCCGACUCCUGUGACAUAUACUCCCCUCGAGCUCAGUGGUAAACGAGUCUCAACCACGAGGUCCAUUGGCGGCUCUGGAACUGGUAACGGCGAUUCCUUUCUGAGGACAAAUGCGCUACGAACCCUUGCAGCUAUGGCGAGGUGGAAACCAGAGUCAGGUUCCAAGGCUGUGACUCAUAUUGCAGGCCCAGGCGGAGAGCUGGAAAGAAGUGCGAGUGAUAGAUGGCGCCGGACAGGUGAGGGUGAAGGCGGUGUCAUUGGCAUCGAGAGUGUUGUCGUUCGCGAUUCACAUGGCCAAGUCAUUGAGACUCGGUCUGAAGUCCUAAUGGAUUUCAACUGCGGUGGCAUGUUUCGAGCCUGGAUUGAUGACGAGGGAAAUCCCCAAAUGAGCAUCUUUAGCAAUGAGCCGUCGAGUGACUUAUAG